AUGCCUGACACCUGCAAUUCAAGGUCUCCCUCUGUGGAGGGUUCUUUGGGGCCAUGUGGUGCAGAGAGCCAGGCCCGCGAUUGCAGGCACCUGCCGAACCUCAUGAGUGAGCUCUCUGGGGCUCCUCCCUGCCACACUCUACCCUGCGCUGGGAGCACGAGUCCUCAGGAGCCUGGAGACCCUCAGGGGCCACCAGCCAAUCCUUUGUGUGCAGAGGAGGCCGUGACUGCCACAUGGGAGCAGCCAUGGGCUUUGGAGGCAUUCAGGCCCGAGACUCCCUGUGGAGCUGCUUGCAGCUUCCAAGAAGUCACUGAGCCAGUGGCUGUGGCUGUGGACCGUCAGGCCAUCUUGCCAGAUACCUGGAGUCUUACGGAGGAACGUGGCCAGCGGAAGGAGAGGGCAAGGCCAGAGGCAGGGAGGCUGGGAAGCAGCAGCCCUGUUCCAGUUAACAGGAAACACUUGGGUGGAGAGAUGUCUAAGAGGAGAAACCUGACCAGGCCAACCCAGGGACCUGAGACCCCAAGGAGCCCAGAGGGCACCACCGAAGCCGCUACCAAGACCAGGAAGGAACAGCCGGAGCUUCCCCAUGGCAUGGUCACGGGCACACCCAACGCCACGGAGAGGAUUUCCACCUCUGGCCAGGCAGGCGCCAGCUCGCACGGCUGCUAG